AUGAUGCUCAACUCAGACACCAUGGAGCUGGAUCUGCCUCCCACCCACUCUGAGACGGAGUCAGGCUUCAGCGACUGUGGGGGCGGGGCAGGCCCUGACGGAGCUGGGCCUGGGGGGACAGGAGGGGGCCCCGCCCGGGGCUUGGAGCCCGGAGAUCCUGGACGGAAAGACCUGCAGCACCUGAGCCGGGAGGAGAGGCGGCGCCGGCGCCGGGCCACCGCCAAGUACCGCACGGCCCACGCCACGCGGGAGCGAAUCCGCGUGGAAGCCUUCAACCUGGCCUUCGCCGAGCUGCGCAAGCUGCUGCCCACGCUGCCCCCCGACAAGAAGCUCUCCAAGAUUGAGAUCCUGCGCCUGGCCAUCUGCUACAUCUCCUACCUGAACCACGUGCUGGACGUCUGAACCGGGCGCUCUCCUGCCCUGGAUGCGCCCCUCCUCCCGGGCCUCGCUGGGGUACCUUCUCACGCUCACCGCUUA